AAAAAAAAAAGCCUGUUGGAAAUCUCGCGAUGGAGGGAGGAGGAGGUGUACCCCUAGAGGCACUUAAAGAAGAAAGCCAGUCAAGACAUAUUAUACCUGCAAGUUUUGAAGCCAACAGUUUGCAGAAAAGCAACUGGGGGUUCUUACUUACUGGACUUGUGGGCGGGACCCUGGUAGCUGUGUAUGCUGUAGCCACGCCGUUUAUAACGCCAGCCCUUCGAAAAGUCUGUUUGCCGUUUGUACCUGCAACUACAAAGCAGAUUGAAAAUGUUGUGAAAAUGUUGCGAUGCAGAAGAGGAUCCCUUGUAGACAUCGGUAGCGGCGAUGGACGCAUUGUCAUAGCGGCUGCAAAGGAAGGGUUCACAGCAGUUGGUUAUGAAUUAAAUCCAUGGCUAGUUUGGUACUCCAGAUACCGCGCUUGGCGAGAAGGUGUGCAUGGUUCUGCCAAAUUUUAUAUUUCGGAUUUGUGGAAGGUUACUUUUUCGCAGCACUUGAACGUUGUUAUUUUCGGUGUGCCUCAGAUGAUGCUGCAGCUGGAGAAGAAACUUGAACUUGAACUUCAGGAUGAUGCAAGAGUCAUUGCUUGCCGGUUCCCUUUCCCACACUGGACCCCGGACCACGUCACUGGGGAGGGGAUAGACACGGUGUGGGUGUAUGACGUGAGCACUUUUAGAGGCCGUGAAAAGAGGCCCUGAACAUCGAUGCCCUUCCAGCCGGCCAUUCGGGCAUAAACUUUACUGAGAGUGCUUUUCUGAAACGUUGGUCAUCUUCCCUGAUCUGAUAGAGACUUACAGCUGUGUCUUUAGCAAAGGAGCACAAUUGUCUUUGGUUUGGAAUGGGAAAUUACUAUUAGUUUCCGUAACUUUUGGAGAAAACAAACAGAAGGCAAACAGGUAGAUUUAAAAUCCGCUUUUGAUGCCUUCUUUUUUCUUAAAAAAUGUAUUUACUGGCUUUUCAUGGACCUGGAUGCAGAAAAUUUGAGUAAGUGAUGGUCAUGCUUAUGGGUAGAAAAGAUAUCAACCGCUCUUCACAUUAUAAACGAUGUGGCUUAGUGCCACCAUAAGGAGAAAUGAUUUUUAAAGACAGUAUAUUAUUACCAAACGUUUGCAGUGUCCUAUAACUUUGUUCAUACUUAAGUUUUAUCUCUUUCCUUUUUGUACUUCAAAAUUAAUUUUCUAAAGGAUUCAGAGAGGUGUUUAUAUUUUAUAACAUUUAUUAGAAAUAAUUUGUUC